GGCGCGGGUUAAUGUCACGCCCCCGCCCCACCCCCCGUGACGUCACGGCCGAGGCUCCUCCGCGGCCGUUCGCCGCCGCCGCCGCCGCCGCCGCCGCGCUUACACGACCCCCAUGGCGCUGCGACUCGCCGCCCCGCUGCUGCGCCUGGCCCGGAGCGGCGCCCGCUGGGGGGGCACGGCCCCCCCUCCGCAGGCCACAGUCCCCUUCGACUGGCGGGACCCGCUGGGGCUGGAGGGGCUGCUGACCCCCGAGGAGCAGCUGCUGCGGGACACCCUCCGCAAGUACUGCCAGGAGCGGCUGCUGCCCCGCGUCCUGCAUGCCAACCGCCACGAGGUCUUUGACCGGGAGAUUGUGUCUGAGAUGGGGGCACUGGGGGUGCUGGGCCCCACCAUCAAAGGGUAUGGCUGUGCGGGCACCACCUCGGUGGGCUACGGGCUGGUGACACGGGAGCUGGAGCGGGUGGACAGCAGCUACCGCUCGGUGCUGAGCGUCCAGUCUUCCCUCGUCAUGUACCCCAUCCUGGCCUAUGGGACCCCUGCCCAGCGGGACCGCUUCCUACCCCCCCUGGCACGGGGGGAGCUGUUGGGGUGCUUUGGGCUGACGGAGCCCAACCACGGGAGCGACCCGGGGCGUAUGGAGACACGGGCCCGCUACAACCCCAGCACCAAGACCUACACGUUGCGGGGCUCCAAGACUUGGAUCACCAAUGCGCCGGUGGCUGACCUGUGCCUGGUGUGGGCGGUGUGCGAGGAAGACGGGCGGGUGCGGGGGUUCCUGCUGGAGCGGGGGACACCUGGCCUCAGCACCCCCAAAAUUGAGGGCAAGUUCUCGCUCCGUGCCUCUGCCACCGGCAUGAUCCUGAUGGACGACGUGGAGGUGCCAGAGGAGAACCUGCUGCCCCACGCCGUUGGCCUGGCGGGUCCCUUCGGCUGCCUGACUCACGCCCGCUACGGCAUCGCUUGGGGUGCACUGGGUGCCGCCGAGGCCUGCUUGGAGACAGUGCGGCAGUACGUCCUCGACAGGAGCCAGUUUGGGGGGCCGCUGGCGCGCAACCAGCUGGUGCAGAAGAAGCUGGCAGACAUGGUGACUGAGAUAGCCCUGGGGCUGCAAGCCUGCCUGCGCCUCGGCCGCCUCAAGGACGAGGGCAGGGCAGCCCCUGAGAUGGUGUCAAUGCUGAAACGCAACUCGUGCGGGAAGGCGCUGGCCAUUGCCCGGGAGGCACGGGACAUGCUGGGGGGGAACGGGAUCUGCGACGAGUACCACAUCAUCCGGCACAUGAUGAACCUGGAGGCUGUCAACACCUAUGAAGGCACCCACGACAUCCACGCGCUGAUCCUGGGCCGAGCUAUCACCGGCAUCCAGGCCUUCGCCCCCAGCAAGCCGCCAGCACCGCGGGGCUAGCGGUGGGGGCCAGCGCCUGGCACCGCGCUGGCGGCACGCGGCUGUGACGCUGCGGCAUGGCUGGCCUUGCGCCGCCGCCGGCGGGGCUGGGACAUCACCCGUGGGCGGGGUGGGGGGGCGCGCUGCCGUGUCACCGAUGCGACCGGCUUUCACCAACUGGACCCGGCGUCACCGAUGGGACUUGGUGAUGCCGACAGGACAAGGUAUUGCCAAACGGACCCGCUGUCACUGACAGGUCUUGGUGUCACCGCUGGGACCCGGCAGCCUGGUUGUGCCGGGCUUUGCCAUGGUGCUUCUUGGCCGGUGAACUGCCCUUGUGCCUUUGCCGUCCUUGCGGCCACUCACCAAUAAAAGGUGGAAAAGCCA